UGUCUGCUGAUGCCAUCGCUUCCGCAAUAAGCUACUACGUGUGGCUAGAGGAUGGGACGUAACUGCAGGGUGCCGUCGGUAGACUUUGUUCUGUUAUUAGAUUUUGUUGCACAUAUAAUGAGAACGUGUACGGACUGAUUUUAAGCUUAAUGUAGUUGUUUUUCAAUGGUUCAAAUUCCAAGGAAAAUAUGGGUAAUAUUGGAGCUGCAGAUACCAAACGGUGUUGUUGCAACUUCUUAAAAUUCUUUGAGAUCAUUGCUGGACAGCUGUGACACAUGUUGCGUACACCUUGCUGCUAAUGAUGUCUUGAUCUGUUCUACAAAUGAAGUUUCCUUCAACGUUUGCACUGCUUUCUUCUGCAUUUUCCGUGACGGUACAUCACAUUUAUACAAGUUCUCAUUUGGAACCAGAAUGUGGAUGAUGUAUAGUGUAGUUUUAGACUGAGAUGAAAUUAUGUCUUUGGAAAACUCAGGCUGCAUAGUUACUGUGAAUAGCAUACCUCAGGCCAUUUGUUACCAUGAAACUCCUAAGUUCAGUGCGGCCAUCGGAGCAGAGUGGUCAUCUAAGUCGGAAAGCACUUCACCUAAACUGACACUUAAUGAUCCGGGAACUAAAGGACAGUUGAGUUGCAGUGGAGUAAUUCUGGAUCCUGAUACUGGACUUGUGUUGUGUCAUGGGAUGAUAUUUCUGCCCUUUCUUCUUGAUAGGGAUCUUUCCAAAUGCCAUUAUCUGUUUAGGGACAGUUUUACCACAGAGCUACAGCUUCAUGUAAAUUAUUUGACCACUAAAGCAACAACAAAAAAAGAGGUACCAUACAUGUACCAUGGAGAGAAAGAAGUGAAGUUGAACAGAAGAGGACUUGGGAUGGCUCUCUUGUCAAGUACUCAUCAAAUCCACAGAAAAAUAGAGACGGUGACUGCUGAGCUUCUUUUGAUGGUAUCCUGCUCAGAAUUCCAGGACAGUUUUACUAAGUUGUUCAGGAAGUCAGAUAGUUGGCAUUUUUAUACUGAGCAGAAUGAAGGAGAUGCGGACACCCAUUUGAAUGACAUGGCCUCCUUGCACUGGUUCACUUUAUUAAAAAUGCAGAAUUUCUAUAAAUCUGGUAUGAAAAGGCUGAAUUAUGCUUCAGCAGGAAGUCUGAAAAAAGGUGAUGUGACUUUUGCUUGUGGUUCUCCCUUUAGUUCCUUCUGUCCUGACAUUUUCAUGAAUACUCUGAGUAAAGGGAUUGUCAGCAAUUUAGAUGGAAAAAGAAAUGCUAUGAUUUUAACUGAUGCACGUUGUUUACCAGGCACUGAAGGUGGAGGGGUGUUUAUUUUGUCUGCAGGUCAAUACUAUUUGUGUGGUAUAAUUGUGGCUCCACUUUGCUGGAGGGCAAAUGAAUGGAUAGGGCUAACCCUAGUUUGUUCUGUUGCACAUAUUAUUGAAAAUGUGAAGCAAGCAUUACCAGCCUUGGGUUGCUGUCUUAAUAGUUUUCUUGUACCCAUAUCGGGAUCCAGGACGCACUUUAUGAAAUUUGUGGGCAAUAGUGGGUUAUUCCAUCUUCUUUCAGCAGUAGUAUUGAUAGAAUCUGAUCGGACUUGGGGAUCUGGAGUGAUGCUGAAUCCCAAACUAUUGUUAACAUGUCGACAUGUGAUGGAUGGGGCAGUUCAUAUCACAGUGAAACUGGCUGGAGAAUAUGAAAGUUCUGGGUUGAAUACGAUAAAGGGAAAAGUAGUGUUUGCUACUGAAGAAGCUUCUCCUUAUGACAUUGCUGUAGCAGAGUUGGAAAGCCCUGUUCCAGGCAUAAAGGAACCCAUUUUAGCCAAUGCAUUUCACUCAGGAGAGGAUCUGCUUGUCAUUGGGUAUGGUGUGUUUGGCCGCUUAUGUUCUCCCUCUGUGACUUCUGGAAUACUUUCAUCAGUAAUCACAGUAGAUGGAAAACCAGUGAUGCUACAGACAACAUGUGCAGUUCACUCUGGGUCUAGUGGCGGUGCCUUGAUUUCAGCUUGCUCUGGAGAACUUCUUGGAAUAGUUUCUAGUAAUACAAAGGAUAAUACGGUUGGGGCCACUUACCCACACCUAAACUUCAGUAUCCCUGUUACUGUGUUACAGUCCCCACUGACUGAGUACACAAAGACACGAGAUACCACUGCAUUUGAGGUGCUGAACAGAGCUGGUGAAGAAGUUAAAGCAGUCUGGAAACUGCAGAGAAAGUCAGUAAUGAAACCAAGCAGCAAGCUAUGACAUUUAUCUGGGAAGGAGUGAAGUAAACUAAAAUAUGGAUCUAGUUUUGGCCAGAACUAUGCGACCAACAAUUUAUUUAAUUUUCUUUUUUUUUCUUUCUUUUUUUUGAACUGAUAAUAACAUAUUAGGAUGGCAGCAGGUGGCAAAUGGUGCAAAACAUUGUGGGCUUCCAAUAAAGAAAUAGAGAAGUAUUAAUAUUUUGUGAUAAGCAUUAUACACAAAAUAUAGCUGUCAGCUUUUUCUGUAUGGAAUUGGGGAAAAAGCAUAAUUAAUUAGAAACAGAGGCCCUAUGAUGUCAGGGGCAUUUUAAAAUGUACUAGCACUGUCCAUUUAAAAAAAAAUUAAUAGAAUAAGAGAUUUUGUAUUGAUAUGUAUUUUCUGAAGCAUAUGAUGUCUGUAGCUGCAAUGCCUGUAAUUAUGUAAUAAGCAUUUUUCCACUAGUUUGUCACAAAGUCUGUAAUUUUACAAGGGUCAGAGAACUGCUUAAUUAGGCAGUCCUUAAAUCAUGAGCAUUUGAGAAUAACGUUUUUCCAUAAUUUUGAGGAAGUUUACCAUUUUUUUAUCCUAUGAAGGAUCACUGAGUUUUACUUAAAAUGUUUAAUAAAAAAAUCAUGUCGCAGGGUAGUGACCUUGUCACACAGAUAUAGCAGCAGCGGCUUUGUAUCAUGCAUCCUAAGGAUUCAGGGGUUCUGUGGGUAAAGAAAUUAUACAUGCCUACUGUGUCAGUACGGUCUGUUGUAGAUAAUAAUAGAUAAUGGAGGGAAUAACAGUACUGGUUUGCAAGGAACCUAAUAUGAGUAGUUGCCUCAUCCCAAAAAAAUGUAAAUGUGCAUUUGCACGCCAUCAUGCGUUUCACUGCAAGUCAACCAAGGAGACAUGGUAUUGUGGCCAGAAUAAAAAAAGGUACUACUUUUUAAAGGAAGAGGCAAGUUCCUGUUAAUAUCGUAACAUGAAGACUCUCUAGAUCUGUAGAACAGAAAUUUAUAAUUGGGAAAUACAGCAUGUACAAUGUUAAUUCUUUAAUGCUAUUUCAUGUGUAUGAAAAUGCAGCCAAUUAAGGACAGAAAAGAAUGUAAUUAUGAUUUGUUUGUUAGAAGAUAAUAGUGCAUAUAAGCAUGAGAAGAAAACAAUAAUAAAUGCAUAUUAAUGGUUUCCAUGUUGAAUAAA